AAAUCCAUUUUUCCUAUUCAUUCCCUCCUUUCAUUUUCCUCAUCAAUCAAAUCUUUACUCUUUUGUCUCCCCUAUAAUUUUCAAACUUAGGUCUCUUUCUCUUUUAUGGUGAUGUGUAUUGCUAAUAUUGAACUUAGUUUCCUCUAUGUGACUUGUUGAUCCAUGUCCAAAUAUGUAUUAUGUGUUUGUGUUUGUGUACAUGUUCAAGAAGGUAUUGAUUGUUGGAUGCCACUUAGGUCUCUUUAUUAUUGGUUCCAAAUAAUGCUCCUUUGUGUUAAUUGAAGGGAAAAAGAUUGAGUCUUUGGAUAUUUUGUGGUGUUUGAAGUGAAAAAGGUUGAAUCUUUUGACAUUUUGAGGUGAUUGAAGUAAAAAAGAUUUGAGUGUUUGGGACAUUUUGUGGUGAUUGGAGUGAAAAAGAUUGAAUCUUUUGACAUUUUGAGGUGAUUGAAGUAAAAAAGAUUUGAGUGUUUGGACAUUUUGUGGUGAUUGAAGUGAAAAAGAUAAAAUCUUUGGGACAUUUUGUGGUGAUUGAAGUGAAAAAGAUAAAAUCUUUGGGACAUUUUGUGGUGAUUGAAGUGAAAAGAUUGGAAUUUUUGGGACAUUUUGUGUUGUGAUUGAAGUGAGAAAGAGUGAAUCUUUGGGACAUUUUGUGGUGAUUGAAGUGAAAAAGAUUGAAUCUUUGGACACCAUCAUUGCUAAAUUUUAUUCAAAAGUUAUCGGUUUUCCCGGAAUGCAUGAAAUUUUCUUGUGAAUGGGAGUGAGUAGUUUUAGAUAUGGAUCUCCGGGAAGAAAGCUCCAGAUUUGGCUCAUUACCAAGCACGACGUCGAGAAACCUUUCUUCUUCAUCAUCGACUUUCUUUUCAGCGAACCAGUCGCCAUUCUUCUCUCCUAGAUCACCCAAGUCCCUGGUAUCAGCAUGCUCGGACAAUCCAUUUCGUGAUAGUGAUGUUACCUCUGGUGCAUUAGAUGCUAGUUCUGGCAUUCUAGGUCCAGAAUCAUUUGCAAAUGCUAGAUUGUCAGAUGCUUAUCCUGUUGCAUUAACUAGUGCUCCGAAUGAUCUACAGAAGUUGGAUUUUGUAUCUUCUUCGACGUCAAUUUCUAAGAGUACUAUAGCAAGUUAUAAUGUUGUCCCUGAACAUGAAUAUUUGCGACCUAGAGGCAAGCAGAAAAAGAGUGGAAGGACACAGGAAACUUGUGUUACUCCAACAUCCACGUCCUCCCUAUCCAACAGAGUGAGGAGCUGUGAUGUGUACAUUGGUUUUCAUGGUCGCAAACCUUUACUGCUCAGAUUCAUGAAUUGGCUCCGUGCUGAGUUAGAAAUCCAAGGGCUUAGUUGCUUCGUUACUGACAGAUCAAGGUGCCGAAAUUCUAGAAAGCAUGGCAUGGUUGAGAGAGUAAUGGAUGCUUGUACAUUCGGAGUUGUGAUCUUAACGAAGAAAUCAUUCAGGAAUCCGUAUACCAUAGAGGAGCUGCGCUUCUUCUCUAGCAAAAAGAAUUUGGUGCCAGUGUACUUCGAUCUGCGUCCAGAGGAUUGCCUUGUUCGAGAUAUAAUUGAGAGAAGAGGAGAGCACUGGGAAAAACAUGGUGGUGAACUUUGGCUUAUUUAUGGGGGACUGGAGAAGGAGUGGAGAGAUGCUGUCAGUGGACUUUUGCGUGUCGAUGAGUGGAAGCUAGAGGCUCAUGAUGGCAAGUGGAGGGAAUGCAUAUUGAGGGCUGUAACUCUAUUGGCCUUAAGGUUAGGGAGGCGAAGUGUAGUGGACAGACUGUCCAAGUGGAGGGAGAAGGCAGAAAAAGAGGAGUUUCCUUUCCCUCGAAAUGAGAAUUUUGUCGGCAGAAAGAAGGAGCUAUCUGAGCUUGAGUUCCGGCUUUUUGGUGAUGUUAGUGGGGAUGCAGAGAAAGACUAUAUUGAACUAAAGGCUAGACCCAAGAGAAAGAAUUUGACAAUUGGUUGGAGUCGGAGUAACUCAAUCAACGAAAAACGGUUUGAGCAGCCCAGUGACAACAAAAGGAAAGGGAAAGAGCCAGUGACAUGGAAAGAAUCUGAGAAAGAAAUUGAAAUGCUAAAUGCUGAAGUUUCCCAUUCCCAACAGCAUACACCAAAGCUGAGGAACUCUAAGAAGCAUGGAAGGCGAAGCAAAUCCUUGAAAGUUGUAUAUGGAAAGGGCAUUGCUUGUGUAUCUGGGGAACCAGGAAUUGGCAAGACAGAUCUACUGCUUGAGUAUGCGUAUCAAUACCACCAGCGCUACAAAAUGGUCCUUUGGGUUGGAGGUGAAAGCAGAUACAUUCGACAAAACUACUUGAACUUGUGGUCGUUUUUAGAAGUUGAUGUCGGGGUAGAAAGCUCACCUGAUAAAAGCAGGAUAAAGAGCUUUGAGGAACAAGAAGAGGCUGCUGUGUCUAGGGUUAGGAAAGAACUCAUGCGAGACAUUCCAUUCUUGCUGAUAAUUGAUAACCUGGAGAGUGAAAAGGACUGGUGGGACCACAAACUUAUAAUGGAUCUGCUUCCCCGUUUUGGGGGUGAAACACAUGUUCUCAUAUCCACGCGCCUCUCUCGGGUGAUGAAUAUGGAUCCUAUCAAACUCAAUUAUCUGUCAGAGAUUGAGGCAAUGUCUUUGAUGCAGGGUGCGGUGAAGGAUUAUCCGAUUGCUGAAAUUGAUGCCUUGCGAGUUAUUGAGGAAAAACUUAAAAGACUGACGCUUGGCCUUGCCAUUGUUGGAGCAAUUCUUUCUGAACUUCCUAUAACUCCUAGUAGGCUCUUGGAUACCAUCAAUCGUAUGCCUUUGAAGGAAAUAAUUUCUAUUCGUCGGGAAAACCAUCCACUAAGGCGAAACAAUUUCCUUUUGCAACUUUUUGAAGUUUGUUUCUCGAUAUUUGACCAUGCUGAUGGACCAAGAAGUCUAGCAACAAGAAUGGUUCUCGCAAGCGGUUGGUUUGCUCCAUCACCUAUUCCAGUUUCUCUAUUAGCUCUGGCUGCUCACAAGAUACCAGAAAAAUACCCACGCCGGAGGAUGUUGAAGAAAGUUUUAUGUUCUUUAACUUGUGGUUUCACAUCAUCAUAUGCUAGGAAAUCAGAGGCAGAAGCAUCUUCUCUUUUGUUGAGAUUCAACAUUGCAAGGACUUGUAGAAAGGAAGGCUACAUACAGUUCCACCAGCUUAUCAAAAUGUAUGCUCGAAAAAGAGGGGUCACUGGAGUUGCACAAGCCACAGUACAAGCUGUUAUUACUCGAGGUUUAAUAGCCCAGCACUCUGAGCACAUAUGGGCGGCAUGCUUUUUGCACUUUGGAUUUGGGAGUGACCCCAUGAUAGUUGAGCUUAAAGUUUCCGAAUUGUUGUUUCUCGUGAAAGAAGUGAUUCUACCACUUGCCAUUCGAACAUUUAUUACAUUCUCACGGUGUGCACCUGCUUUAGAACUUCUACGGCGUUGUACAGAUGCAUUAGAAGCGGCAGAUCAAGCUUUUGUCACGCCUGUUGACAAGUGGUUGGAUAAAUCACUUUGUUGGAAACCUAUCCAGACAAGUGCCCAAUUAAACCCUUGCCUUUGGCAGGAACUUGCUUUAUCAAGAGCUACGGUGCUCGAAAUCAGGGCAAAGCUAAUGUUAAGGGGUGGGCAGUUUCAUAUUGGUGAUGAUUUAAUCAGGAAGGCUAUUUUCAUUAGAACUUCAAUCUGCGGCGAGGAUCAUCCAGACACCAUAUCUGCUCAUGAAACGCUCAGUAAACUUACAAGACUCCUUGCUAGUGUUCAAAAUCAUACAUCAAAUAGAAGUUAAUUAUUGUAGUUUAGUUAGAUUUAUAGAAAGUUAACGGAAUAAGCUGGUUUAAUAGUUCAAAGGAUAGAAUUUUUUAUAUUAAUGAGUAGCCAUACAUCUUAUUCAAAUUCUUUCCAUGUCUUUUAGAUAUGCUAAUUUCAUUUCUACUUUUGUUUUUGAUGUUGCCGUUCUUAUCCUGCUUCCUAUUUAUUGUUGAUGGUUCAUAUGAUGUCUUCUGCUUCCGCUUGCUGUUUGUAAGAUCUUUCUUCUAUGAACAGGGUAUGGCAAUAGAGUAAAUCAGCCACUGUAAGCUCUUAAUGGUUAUGUAUUUCAUAUGUGGAAGAUUUAAUAUCAUUAUCCUCUUCAAAAGGAAAAAAAAGAAGAAAGAAGAUUGCUUUCCAAAAGGACUUAGAAAAAACUUGCAUAUAGCUUAAACUUCAGACUCCAUAUUGCUCGUUACUUUCUUAGGUUCUUACAGCUACCUGCAAAAGGAAGAAAUACUUUUUUCUAUCACAGAAACCAGAAUUGUAUAAUUCAGUUGCUUCAAGAACCUCAUGCAGCCGAUCAGUUAGUGUGAGAACAUGGCUGACUUAGAUAUAUGCAGAAGAUAUUUGGCACCUUGAGACAUUUCGGAGUGGAAAAAACUGUCAGAAGUCGGAGUCCUAUCACUUGAAAAUGAGCCAAGGUAAGACUUUGACGCCAUAAAGUUUGCUCCAAUAUGCUUCUAUUCCUUAUAAUUGUUUCUGGUGACUAUUAUCUAUGCUUCUGAGAUAAUUGCCAUCUCUGUUUCCAAGACUUAUUAAAUGACAUCAGCAAAAGCACACAAAUUGGAGAUGUCUUGCUAGUUGACCAAAUGCUUUAGUUCACUCGUGGCACUAAAAGAUUUUUGAACCUGGGAGUUAAAAACAGUUGAAUAUCUUUGUAUUACUCUUCAAAUGUCUCUAGAGUUACAGAUAAGAUGUAUAGAUGCACUGACAUCUUGAAAAGCAGCUGCUUCUUAGGUUUUGUAGGGGGCGAGCUUUAAGCGAAAUUCAAUCCAACGAGUAUUAUGAUCAAGACUAGAUUUCAAGAGUCAUAUUUUGAAGUUUCAGCGAAAAUCGUCCGUGCCAAUUGCAUUAUUCAUGCACAGACUUAGCUAAAAAGGAAAGAUUCCCUUCUGUUAGCUUUCUUUUCUUUGGCUACAGGAAAGUUUUUACAUUUGUCGUCCAUUCAUUCUCUUUGAUACUGAAGUCUAUACUUGUCCCUAGAUAAAAGAUGUCUUGUGCCUUAUCUGUGACUUUGCUGCUGUUUUUUACCGGGUUGAGUCAUCUUUAAUUAGCUCUUGGUAGCUGGUCCGUCCUACUAUAUCUCUUCUGAUUAGAUUUUCAAUGCUGGGGUGAGGAACUUUUUGAUAGGACAAUUUGGCGAGUCAAGCCCGCUAGAUUGCUUCAACAUUUAAUGCUGUCCGAACCCCAGACAUUAUAAAGUCAAGAAGGCUGAAUAAGUAAAGGACUCUCAAAGUCAUUGCUAACUGUUUUUUUGUUGGAUUCAGAGACGGUAGUGAUGUCAAAUUGUUGUUUUUUCCUUUUAUAAUGAGUACUGGAUUCUUCUUGUGUUAGAUAACGAGUACUGGAUUCUUCUUGUGUUUAUCUAGCAUCUCCUAUAUCUGAACUUCUUUUUGUUUGAAGAUAAGACGCUGCUUUUUCAUUCUUACGUAAAGAUAACUUCCUCAAAGUUUCAGUGUGAAGUUUUACUGUACUUGUUGAAAAUGUCAAAGAUUCAGAAAACAUGGCAUUCUCGUUCAAGAAACACUGUAAGUAAGCGCAGCACAUUUUUCAGCAGCAGUGCCUGGUGUAAACAACAUGCAAAUUCCUGUAACGGUAUACAUCCAAGCUGUGGAAUGCCUGAGAUGAUGGUUUAUUUCCAAAUACAAAUUUGAAAUUCCAUACUUUAUUUCUCACCAGUUUAGUGAAGCGGCUCCUCCAGCAGGCAGCCUUUCCCUAGAGCCCAUGUGGCAGAUUCAUAAUAAGGCUAGACUCCAGUAACCUGUGGCAGAUUCAAAUUUAAAUGUUGUGGGUUUUGAGUAGGGAGAUUGGGAUCAAUAAUGUACAUUAUCAAUAUUUGUUUUUCACGCAUAUCUAUAUGGUUUGACGUUGAAGCACUAGCUUCUGCUGAACUGACAAACCUGUUGUUGGAUCCGCCAGUGCCCCUUCCUAGGACUUUACUUCUUGCAUUUACCUCCUGCCUAUCUUGAUCAAUGAGGCUUUCGGACAAGU